GAACGCAAGGAAGAGAGAAGAGAAAACAGGCGUUUAUCGCGCGCGCGAGAGAACCGAUAGAGAUUCUCGCAAGAGCGCUCGCGAAUUUUCGCGGUUUUUCUGUUUCUCACUCUUUCUCUUUACAUAUUCCCUUUCGGAGCCAUUUUGCCAAAAUGCAAAUAAUCGCGCGAGCCCUCGCGCUCUCCGCGAGUCCUUCGACUCUGCUCGCGAUCCUCCUCGUGUGCUGUCACUGUGUUUGCACGACGGUGCACGCGAGAUCCUUGCACCACUCGAAGACGACGUCCAGCGACGAUAGCACCGAGCUCGUCGCCAGCUGCGACCUGAUCAGGCCGUUCUUCGACAGCAAGAACAUCACGCUCGUGCCAGCCGGGGAUCACCUUCCGAAAACGUGUCAUGGCAAGUGCUGCGGCGAGGAGAUGGAGGAUCGUUUGAAGCAACAAGCUCGGACCGACUUCCACAAUCUGAUUCAUCAUCAUAGCAGAAGUCUGCAGGGUCUCCUCGUCACCACCGCCGACGCUCUCAGAGAGACGGUGAUUGUUCUGCUGCGAAAGUCGGAGAACAAAACGCUGUUCAUGUUCGACAAGGUGUAUCAGUCGAUGGCGGUCCUGAGCAGACCCUCGAUCCGGUCGCUCUACCAGGCGAUGGUGGACUACGUCUCGUCCGCCAACACCUCGGACGAUCUGCAGCAACCGUUGACCCGGGACACGUUGCAGGAGCGCUUCCGCGAGUUCUUCGCCCGGCUUUUCCCCAUCGCCUAUCACUACCUCGUGGAUCCGGAUCAGAAUCGCGGGGAUUUCACCGAGAAGUUCAAGUCCUGUCUGCACGAAACAAUGGACGACAUCCAACCGUUCAGCGAUGUGCCGCAGGACAUAUUUAAGAAAAUCAGCAAGAGCCUGGAAGCCACCAGGGUGCUGGUGCAGGCUCUGAGCCUCGGCAAGACCUUUCUCGAGCGGACCGACAGCGUUCUAUUUGCCGCCGAAGGCGCCAACAGCCCGCAACAAAAGGCCUGCUACAACGCUCUGGUCAGGAUGACCUAUUGUCCGAAGUGUAAGGGAAUCGGAAAGGACGUACGGUCCUGCAACGGUUUCUGCAUGAACGUAAUAAGGGGCUGCCUGACGGAGCCGGCGUACGAACUGGAUAACGCGUGGUCCGGCUACGUGGCCACGGUCGGGAGGCUCAUCGCCGCGGUGGACAACGAUAACAAUCCUCUGGAGCUGAACAUCAAGAUUGCCGUUAGAGAGUUGGACUCUCGCAUUUCGGAUGCCAUUAUGCGCGCGAUGGAGAACGGUCCGGAUCUCCAGCAAAAGGUGAGAAAGGUGUGCGGUCGUUCGGAACUGCUGCCUCCGAACGAGGAGAACCCAGCGUCCUCGACUGCAGCUGCGAAAUUGUCCGAGUCACCCGGCGAGAUGCACGCAGCUGCGUCCUCGUUGUCGUCGUCGUCGUUAACGUUUCGGGCGUACGACGACCUGCUGGAGGGAUUGCGCAAGCAAAUAGGCAACUUUGUGGCCAGCUUCGAGACGUCCCGCUACUUCUACACGAAUAUGGCAGACACGAUCUGCGAGGAAUACCCUCGCAAACAUUGCUGGAACGGCGAACGCAUCGGAGAGUACGCGAAAACCGUGGUGGAUUCCAGUCCAAAUUCACAGAGAUACAAUCCCGAACUAGCUUUGCCGAUGACGUCGUCGACGCCGGUUAGUUACACCGGCAACACGAACAUCAGCGCACUCAGUGACCAAUUGAGGCACAUUAAUCAGCUGGUGCAAACGCAAUUGGCGUCGUCCCCCGACGCCGGUGUCUUCCUGGCCGACGAGGCCAUGGACGGUUCCGGAAGCGGAGACAGACCGGUUUGGCCGCACGGUAACAGGGAGAUUGACGACGACGAGGACGGUCACGAUGACGAUCACGACGACGACGAGGCGUCCGGCUCCGGAAUGGGUCCGACUACGUCAGAUCCGUCGACGAAAACUAAUCAGAACGGUCCGAACAGCGGCUCCAGAUCGUCGAUCUUGCUAUCAAUCGUCCUCGCUGUUGUUUGCGCAUCGCUUAUCGCUUAAUCGGCCACAUCGCUGAGAAACGUGAGGUCGGAAGAAGGGACGAUUUCCAUCGUUUUUCCACCCUCCGGGAUAGAGCCAACGCGUAUAGACGAGAGAUACGUAGAUAAGGAAAGAUAGAAGUAGGAAUCUUAGCGCGAUCGGCAAGAGAUCGUUAGCGGAUCGAACCGAUCCGUUUCACGCGGACGACUCUUCCGACGUGUGCGCCGACAGGAGGAGAGAUUCAAUGCCCGCCGGAAUCGUAUAUAUAUAUUGAUAAUUUAUCGGUGGCGCGUUGGGCGAAGCGAAGCGUACCGUUCCCGCCGAGGAAGGACCUGGCGAUUUUCAAUGAUAUAUCGACACGCGGGGAGCGAGAGAGAUAGAUUGUAAUAAAGUAUACGAGAGAGAGAGAGAGAGGGUAGGAUAAAAAAAAGCAAAACGGCAAAACUGAAAGGAAAUGGGAAGCAGGGCGAGUCCGCGUCUGGGACGUCGCGCUUGUAAAACGCGAUGAUAAAUCUCGAGACGCUUUCGAGAUGAAAUUUUUCGGCAAAAAAUUCCUAGUUCCUCAUACAUAUAAAAAUAUAUAUAUAUAUAUAUAAAUCCGAUACCGCGUGGAACUGAAACGUGUAAUGUUCUCCCUCUGUGGAAUUGGAAAUUUAUGGUUCUAAAAUUUAAAUGGGAUUUUUCUCCAGAAUUUAUAUAUUCAAAAAGAAACUCGCGGUCCUUUUUACAUCUGGAUAUGUAUAUAACAUACAUUGAUUUUACAACGAUGAUGAAUAUUUAUUCUUCCUAGUUGAAGGAACAAGGUCGCGCAUUGGUCGUUUCAGUCCGCAGAGUAUCGAGACCCAGUGAUUGAGAAUCGUUAUCUUCGCGGCUUGAACCUGAAAGGUCGAGAGGAAUGCAGGUCAGUAUUCUCUCUACUAUUACGUGUUUUUUUUUUUUUCGCGGCAAAUUCUCCAGAAGAAAUUUACGAUUUUAUUUUGCAUGCGAACAAAAUACGAUCGUGAGCCAAAGUUAGCGAAAAAUUAUCGUUGCUCGAGAAAGGAUUCUCGUUCUCCCGAGAAACUGCUGCGAAUCGCGUGCAAUAAUUUGGUGAAAGACAAAGCGAAAGAGGUGAUCGAGGGUGCGGAGACACAUCCAAGUUUAGGAACGCCAAGCGCGUCUAAUAUUUGACCGAUUUGACUUUGCUCUCUCGCGACGAAAAAUUAUUCCGCGUCAAACGGAGAAUUUUUCCGGUCUACGCUAACGUUACGUAAGAACCUGUGCAUCGCGAGCGGCCAUCGAUCGUCGGGUCCAGGAGGGACAAAACUCCCGAUCCGAAGGUCGACGAGUCUCGCUGUCCGUUUAUCUUUCGCGAGAGGGAAAAAGUAUGUCGCGCGCCGCUCUGAGAAAUGGCUCUUCUCGAGGUACGUUGUCUCUUCUCUGUCACAUUGGCUGUAUAUUUCGUUAGUUGCGAAUUAACGUAUGGGAUUUGCUAACAAAGCGUCUAGAAAAGACUUUAAUAAUUGCGUGGAAAGAGAGAGAGAAGAGAGCUGAUAGUGCACCGAUAACUCGGAUAGAUAACUGGUGACAAACUCCACAUUCUUGCCUCUACGUAGGGCAAAAUUGUCGUUAUAUGUCAGAAUUUAACUAGACGUUUCGACUCAAAACGGCAUUUGUAAGAAUAUUUUAUUCGGGAUUUACAAAAAUCUUACAUCUUAUCCUAAGUCAUUAAUUUUAAAAGUUAAAAAAAAAGGCAUUUGAAACGCGCUCAAAAUUAUCGAUUAGAUGUUUCCACGAAUCUUAAUUUAUUGCAAAAUUAAUAUUUUUUGUUAUUUGUACAUAUAUUCUGUUUUAUAUAUAUUUUCACGUUUUCUUGUCGAAAUAUCUGUGAUUCGAAAUUAUUAAAUUAUAUAAAGUCCAGAUUCGCGAUCGCUUUAGGUGCCGAAUAUCAUGAUGUAUACAUAUUGUACAUGGAAACGAAAGUAUUUUACCUUCACUCGCUCUGUCUACGACUCGCGCGAGAAGUCGUAUACGCAAAUAUAUCUCGUUAUAUAUUCUCAAAGCGAUCGGCCGCGAAUCGCGCGCCGACCAAACGGCAGUCACGUUAAUAAUAAACGCGCGGGUGUAUUUUCUCGCGUACACCGCGAGUUUUCUGUAGCAUAUAAAGCAGGGAAAAGUGUCUUUUUCGCCCGCUUCGCGGCGGACGUCUCGUCGUCGAUAAUUACAACAGAUUAUUAUUAUUAUUAUUAUUAUUAAAUAAAUUAAAUAUGACAAAGAGGGGGGAGGCCAUAUAUUGUCACCCAAAACGUGUCGGUGAAAAUAUACGCACAUAUAUAUGCCAUAUAUAAAUAUAUACAUUAUAUACGUACGAAAGUUAACUGCCAAAAUUCCAGUUAUAUCGAGAGCUGAUUUUUACUCGAGACGAUGUGAUUAAUUAUUAUUAUUAUUAUUCGCUGUGCGAACCUUGAAGAUUCUUGCAUGCUAGGCUGCGUACAUUACUCUUCUGUGAUUUAUCUUUCACUUUUCCUUCCUAGAAAAAAAGAGGCCUUUUUAACGCAGCAGACAGAUUUGUUGAAAAGAAAAAUAAAAAACGCGACUCGUUCCCACUGAAAUAUUUUUAGUAGAUAUUACUCGUAAUUACCGUAAAUUAUACGUCAUUUUAGAUCAGUAGUUGAUAAUGAUCUUUCGAAAAAUUGACGAUAUCGUGGAUCAUUCGACAUUGCAUAAAAAAUAUUUAUAUAUUUCUCUUUCAUUACUUCUAUAUACAUAUGUUAUUUCUUAUUUAUUUCUUACUCUGAAUUAUUUUACGAGUUGGAGGAAAUUAAAUUUUCUACCGAUUUUACUAAUUAUAUAAUCGAGCAUUUUUUAGCUUAUAUAACUUAUAUACAUUUUUCACAACAGCAUUAAAUUAGAUGAUGUAAUCACAUUUAUUAAAUACAGGAUAUCUAAAAAAAGAUAUCUAUUGAAUCAUUUAGAGCUGAUUGAGAUAAGCAUGCUCGAUCGAUCGAUCGUUAAGUAAUAAUGUUCUUUUUCAUCGUGUGAAAAGAUGUCAUUAUUUAGGUAUUUUCGCAAAUUUCGCCAACGUUGUUGACUAAUUGCAAAAUAAGCAACGUGCCAAAUCGAAUUAACGCUCCCCUCUUUUUGCGCUUCAAUUCUAACGCACAAAUUAACUAGAAAUAAUUAAUGAGAGCGCAAACACAACCGUGGCGAAUAUUGCAAUCUUGAUACUUCGAAUCAGAAUAUUACGUUAAGUUUUUAAACAAAAUAGGAAGAAAUGAAUUGACAUUUUUACUUUUACUUUGAUAUUUUGGGAAAUACUUUUAACUUCAGAUUUUUUACAUCUUCGUGUUGCGGAUUUUUUGAUCGAAUAAUUCCAUGAUUAAUUCGACGAUAAUUCUAGAUUAAGAUUGUCGUCGAUGAUCCACGAUCGCGUUUCCGGUAAAUAAAAUAUUUGAGAUGCUAUUUUUUUUUUUUUUUAACAGAGCGUUCCAUGACUUGGCGCAAGAUCUUUUUUGGAUCGAUAUCCUGAUUGUUCUUAUAUAGCGAAGCUAUGUAUUAAUUAACCGAAUUGUAUCUGAUUAUUAAGAUUAGAGGUAUAGACUCGCACAUUUUAACAAUUUGACAAAAAGAGUCGAAGGAACGAACUAUUUCCACUGUGUUAUAUAUAUACGCGAAACCGAGGAACUUUUGACGUUCUCGUCUCAUAAACUUGUGACACUCGAAUCUGGCGGUUUGCUUUUUCAAUCAAUCAGAAUGCUUUCGAGACUCCGAGAUAUAAUUGCAUAUUUUCCAAAUUCUAACAUAAUAUUAAUUAGAUUAUUAAAAAAUGAUGGUCAAAAAGCGAUUUUGUCAGCUUUUAUUUUAUAUAUUAUUUUAAAUUAUCUGAAAUCAACUCUGUUAAUUUUAUAUACAUAAAAUUGUUUUUUUGCGAAGAUAAAGAAAAGUGAUUUAUUUGAUACAAUGGUAAACAUUAUUUUUAUAAUUUUUUCUGGCAAGAUACGAGAUAUAUACGAUUACGAUGUCGCUCUCGAAUGUUCUGAUUGACUCUGUGUACGAAAGUAAAUGAUAGUUAGCGACAAACAAGACACCUUGUUGGUUUUUUCGAGAGAAGGCGCGAGUCGCGACGCUUCGGCGACGCCGUAUUCGUUUUGUAUAUUUGAUUUUCGGAUAUCUUUGAGGAUGAGUGAGUGCCUUUCUGAAUAUCCCUGGCCGUAGCGUCGCCUCGUCGCUCUUUGAAUGAAAGAGAGAGAGAGAGAGAAAUAGAAUAAUCCAAGUGGCCACCCGCGCGAAUAAGGGUGCGGAACCGAGCUCUUUCUCGCUAUAUCGUACAUAUGUAUUGUGUGAAAAAAUAUAUAAUAUAUAUAUAUAUAUAUAUAAAGAUAUAUAUAUAUAUUAUAUAUAUAUAAGAUGACCUUUCUCUUCUCCUUUUGUAAUUUCUUCCAUCGUAUAUACUCGCCUCCAACGUUUCUACGUGCGCUCUUUGAAGACAUCUAAAGGUUUUGUAAACAUUUAUACGACAUUGUGUUGAGAUAAGACACUGCGUGGGCGAUAGAGCGGAUGGUUCGAGUUAAAAUAAGUGCGAUUGAAAUUAAGAAAAGUGUACUGCGGCUGCGAGAUGUGCUUGAAUCAUUCGACGACCGUGAUCGUUACCGAUUUGACGAUUAAUAUAGGGUCGAUCUCUCGAUGACGUUUAAAAGUGUUCAACACAUUUAUUUCGAACGGUCUUAUUUUAGAAAUUAUUUUCAGAAAAUUUCUAUUAAAGAUUUACCAGUCGCCUUCAUUUCGAAAUAUAUUCUGCGACGUGAGAUGUAGAAACCUUUAUAUGGUUCAAAAUUGUUUCAGGAUUCCACAUCGCAAAAUAUAUCGCAAAACGAAGGUGAAGUGUUGCCUUUUGUGGAUACGUACUAUUACAUAUUUGUAUGCGAAACUCUCAAAGUAUUACGUCGAAGCAAUAUUCUUUUCUCAAAGAUCUCAAAAUUGAAUAUUAAGUCUCUCUAGGUAAAAAUAAAGAAAGAAUAUAUAUAUAUAUAUACGACAUAUAACGCGAUAUGUAAUUUAAGAAUCUAGACGAAGGAAGAUACGCGUCAUCGUCGAAUCGUUGGUAGCGAGGGAAAUUUAGGACAUUUAAAUUCGUUUUAAAGCUUCGAACUCCUCGCUGACCAUGUUAAAAUUUUGACGUCAGAGACGAAAAAACCCACGCUAAAAAUUCUUAGACGCUAUUUUGAAAGAAAAAGAUAUUUCGAUGAAAGAGCACUUCAGAUGGCUUUUAAAAUAUCUAUUCGUUUCCCUUUAUAAUCAAUCAACAGCUGUAAAAUGAUUGUAAUAUGAGGCCCAGUCCGUCUCCUCUUUGCACAUGCGCAAUCAUUCCGCAUGGCAAAGUCUGACAUCACGAUUUAAUCAUCCUUUUACGGUUGUUGAUCGACUGUCAAAGGAAAAAAAUAGUUUUCCAAGUAUUUUAAAAGUGUGCUAAAGCCAUAUGAGAUAUCUUUUCGUUAAAAAAUGACAUCUACGAAUUUUCUGCGCGUGCUUUCUCGCUUCUGCCGUCACAAUCCAACAUAAGGCUACGAUAAGGAUCCAGGAGCGCAAAAAUGACGAUCCAAUUGGAAUCACUUAGAUCCAUUGAUUCGAUGAACAACGGCCCGUGACGAAGCCCGAUUCACUCUCUCGGACUCGCCAUUGUCCGAGAGAUCUUCUUCCUUUCAGAGCACUAAUAAGAUCGAAAUCCGGUGAGAGAACAAACCGAGAGGGAGAAAGAUAAAGAGAGGCUCACCGGGCGUCCGGCGAUGUUCGCCGCAAAGAGCCCCUAAUUCGGCGUGGGCCAGGCGCGCAAUUGUUCGAGUUUACCGUCGUAAUUUUCGUCAAUUUCGUAGUCGGCUCUUUGUCGGCCAUAUUUAGGCUGCGCAUUCAGACGAAUCUCUUCGAACGCGUCUUGGAGCUUUCGGAUGCUGAUGCGUAUCGGUUUCGCGUGACGUAAUCAUAGAGAAUUUUCUCUUGGAAUUUACCCUGAAAAUUCAUGGUAAUCGUAGAA